UUUCUUAAUAUUUUUUUGUUUGAUUCCUUUUUGCUUUCUUUGUGUUCUGUGACCCUGGGACACGUGCUUUAAAAUUAAGCAAAAAUAAAAUAAUUUUACAACGAUAUUAAUUGGUUAAAGAAUGGCUGAACAAUACAAAUCAUUGCAUCCAUUAAAAUAUUGCAAAGAUUACCUGGCACAUAACGUUAGACCUGAUGGUAGAGAAUUCUGUCAUUUUCGGCCAAUUAUUGUAAAUACUAACUCUAUAGUUACUUCUGAUGGUUCAUCUAUUGCUAAAGUUGGCAAAACAAUCAUAAUGUGUGGCGCAAAGGCGGAACUCUGUAAGCCCAAACCCGACUCGCCUAAGCAAGGGUUCUUAGUUCCCAAUUUAGAACUACCACCUCUAUGUUCACCAAAAUUUAAACCUGGACCACCUAGUGAGGAAGCUCAAGUAUUGACACAGCUUAUAGCAGAUAUUAUUGAUAAUUCGAAGUGCAUAGACCUAGAAGAACUUUGCAUAUAUCCUGAUAAACUAGCAUGGUGUUUGUAUGUGGAUUUAAUUUGUCUCAACCAUGAUGGUUCAUUGGUAGAUGCCUGUAUUAUUGCCCUAAUGAGUUGUCUGAAUACUGUUACUCUUCCUUUGGUGGAAUAUGAUCCAGCUGUUGAUAACCAGCAAGUCAAUUUGGAGGUAACGAAAUCCUUACCUAUUCAUUCGUUACCUGUUUCUACAACAUUUGCCGUUUUCGAUGAUAUUUUUCUCGCAGACCCUACUCUGGAAGAAGAGAAUCUUUGUAGCUCAAAAGUAACAGUGGUAAUAAAAGAUGGGGAGCUUUGUUGCGUUUAUAAGCCAGGCGGAAGUGCUAUAUCAAACAUUGAAUUAUUGGAUUGUAUUGACAAAAGUAAAAGAAGAGUUCCCACGAUAAAAGAGCUAUUGCAAACGUCCCUUAUCACUGCUUAAGUUCAUUAUAUACAUAUUUCCAAAAUAUUUGUUAAAAUCGGUUUAUUAGGAUAUAAGACCUGUCGACAUAUUAGAAAUUUAUAGAAUUUAAAUUCAAUAGAUUGACUUUCUAAUUUCUUAAAGAAUUUAUAUAUUUUUUU